UAGUGGUUUUUGGUUGAAUAGUGGACUCAGCGAGCUAAAUGAAACAAGCCGUGUUACAAACAAGUUGAGCGAUAAACGUAGCCUCAAAACGCGCAUCGGAACGGCGCACAAUGGUUUCACCGACACUCGUGAUCUUUGUAAAAAGACUUGCGGAACUGAGAGUAAUCUCCAAAAACACAUUGUUGCGGUACAUAAUAAGAUCCUUCACGCAUGUAGUAUUUACGGAAACAAAUUCGCACGAAAGAGUACUCUGAAAAAUCAUAUUGACGCAGUGCACAAUGGCCUUAGAUACGCAUGUGAUAUUUGCGGAAAGAAAUAUUCUCAAAAGAUUCAUCUAAAAAGACACAUCGAUUUUGCGCAUCAUAAAAUCGUACAUGAAUGUGAUCGUUGUGGAAAGAAAUUUUCAGUCAAGAAUAAUGUAAAGAGACACGUCGAUACCGCGCACAAUGGUCUUAGAUAUGCAUGCGAUAUUUGCGGAAAAAAGUACUCAAGUAAGAGUGAUCUUAAGAGACACAUCGAUUCUGCGCACAAUGGUGUCACACAUACUUGUGAUAUAUGCAAAAAGAAAUUCUCAGAUAAGAGUUAUCUCAAGAAACACAUCGAUGUGGCGCACAAUGGUGUCACACAUACUUGUGAUAUAUGCAAAAAGAAAUUCUCCACUAGCAGUAAUCUUAAAGCACAUAUUUCUACGAUGCACAAUGAUAUCACACAUGCAUGUGGUAUAUGUGUCAAGACAUUUGCACAACUACAUUCUCUCAAACGCCACAUCGAUUUUGUACAUGAUAAAAUCAUUCAUGAAUGUGAUAUUUGCGAAAAGAGUUUCUCAGAUAAGAGUUAUCUCAAGAAACACAUGGAUGUGGCGCACAAUGGUGUUAGACAUGCAUGUGAUAUUUGCGAAAAGAGUUUCUCAGAUAAGAGUUAUCUCAAGAAACACAUCGAUGUGGCGCACAAUGGUGUCGCUCAUACUUGUAAUCUUUGUGGGAAGAAAUUUUCAGAGAAAUGUAGUCUUAAAAACCACAUCGAGUCGCUACAUAAUGGUAUGACACAUGCAUGUGAUACAUGCCAAAAGACAUUCUCAGACAAAAGUAAUCUUAAGAAGCACAUUGAUUCUGUGCACAAGCGAGUCAGACAUGCAUGUGAUCUUUGUGGGAAGACAUUUUCACUGAGGGGGACUCUCAAGAUACACAUCGAUGUGGUGCACAAUGUACAUAAUAAGAUCACUCAUGCAUGCGAUACAUGCGGAAAAUCAUUUUCACUCAAGGGUAAUCUCAAGAGGCACAUCGACAUAGCGCAUCGCAUGUGA